AUGUGCGAAUAAAAAUUAUAAUGGCAAUUAUUGCUUUUGGUUUUUGGGGACAAAAAAAAAUGUACAAUUGUAACUUUACGCGAAGAGUUAAAAAUAUAUUUAAAAAAUCAUAGCAUAAGCAAAGAAAGUCUUGAUGGUUCUACUAUAAGAAAUAAUGGUUAUGGAUUUAUCGAAUAAAUGGAGUCAUGUACAAAAAUGUUUAAUAUUUUGAAAGUAAAUAAAGAAAAGAUAAUUGUUCUUGAAUUACAACUAAAACAAAAUGUGUUUAAAAGGUGUACGAAAAUCUACCAUUUACUUAGGAUUAUGAAUGUAUGUCAUAUUUAAGUGAUUGUAAAGUAUGUUUAUAAAUAUAUGAUUCAUAAAGAUGAAUUUAAAUUAUAUAGAUUAUACAACUAAUAAAAUUCAUUGUUUAAAAAGGAGAUUAUGUAGUGAUGCGUAGAAGAAAAUUUUUUGUUUAUCAGAUGCUUAAGAUAAUAAAUGUGAAUAUCAUCAAAAUUAAUGUAAGAUCAAGAGUUGCGACACUGCUCUAAAUUAAUUUUCAUAUUAUCAAAAUGGAUCUGAAACAUUUAAUGGUUAUACUUUUGAAAUUAAUUGUAAUUGA